CAUUUUGGAUUUGUAGCGCCUUUCAUUUUAUCUAAUAUCACCUUCGAGUUCUCAACGAGGAAAACCACUAUUUUAGGAUUUAAUCUCAAUUCUCAAGUCUUAAAAUUCACGUGUCGUAAGGAUUUCUGAUUGAUUAUGGCUGUUGCUGGGGUUAUUGGUGGUAAUUCAUGGUCAUGGAUGCAAUUAAAAUGUCAAGAAAGGAAACAGAAAAGACUUGAGAUUUGUUGCUCCUCUUCUUCUUCUUUGACGGAUUGUUACAAAACCUUAAGAGUCCAACCCGGUGCGUCUCAAUCCGAGGUUAAGAAGGCUUUUAGACAGCUUGCACUGCAGUACCAUCCAGAUGUAUGCAGAUGGAGCAAAUGCGGGGUGCAGUUUCACCAAAUCAACCAGGCUUAUGAUGUUGUAAUGUCCAAUUUGAGAGGAGAAUCCAAUGAAAUGGAAAUGGAAAUGUACGAAGCAUGCGAAGAUGAUGCAGGCAUCGACGAAGCAAUGAGGGGAAUGAAUGAUCCAGAUUGGGACCUGUGGGAAGAGUGGAUGGGAUGGGAAGGAGCAGGAAUUCGUGAUUAUUCAUCUCACAUUAAUCCUUACAUUUGAAAUUGCUUUGUUCUCUCUUUUAUUCUUUUUUUUUUUUUGAAAGUUUAAUUCAAUUAUGUAUUUAGUUAAAUGCUAAGGCCCUUCUUCCGCCUUCAAAAGUGGUUGGGGUUUGUGUAGAUAGAGAGUGUAGAGCUCAAGAGGAUUAAAGGUAGUCUUGACCUUUGCAUAAUUUAAGCCUAUGUUAACAAAACCAAUCAAACUUGAAAAAGAAUAAAAACUUAAAAAGCUUCAACACCCAA